AUGGUGGAUACGGAAGACCACCCUGAGGGCGGAAAAUCGGCGGACACAAGCCAACUGCCCGUGAGGAUCCUUGAUACCAACCAAAACAAGUGGCAACAUGGAUACCAUCCCUUCGACUUCCCCCCGGACGUCACAAGGUUUAGGCUGGAAUUCGUGUGCUUUGUAGGGGAGAAAGUCGAGAACUUGGACGUCGAUAUCUCAGCCUUUCUCUUCGACGCCAAGGGAAGCUACGUUGAAACUGUCGGCUGUGGAUGCCCCGCUUCCACUGACGGAGGGAUCGUUCACAAGCACGACUCGGUUCAACCCGAAGCCGGCAAGAUAUGGGAGGAUAUGGACUUCGAUCUCUCCAUGGUGCACAAGAGGAUUUACUCGGCUUGCCUGGUGGCCACCACCUACGGCAAGAAUACUUUCUCCGCCCUUCGAAGCAUCCAGCUUCGCAUACUCGCUCCGUCGCAUCUACUGUCAGAUUCACUGGAGAGGGAGAUCGCGAGGGUUGUCUUCUCCCGGGAGGGUUGUUUCGGGACGAAGCGAAACGGCCGCAGCUUACCUAGCCGACAGUCGAGCAUGCCCAAUGUUAUAGUCCUCGGCGAUAUCAGGAGAUUGCUUUCUCAGGCUGCGGCAGUAGCGGGUGAUGUGGGUGGCGGACCUCCCGGGGUAGGAGGAGAGCCAGGAGCGUGGAACCUGCGAGCACCAAACGUCCUCGCAUCGCACGUAGACACACCGCAGGAGGUGAUACCUCUCGUCCAGUGCUAUCUUCGGGAGUGGAUUCCCUCCAUCGAAGUCAUCGGACAGGAACUCCUGAUCAGCUUUCUCCCCGUCGAGGAUCUCGAGGCGCUGAAGGCUGAUUGGGUGAAAGGAGGGACCUUCGGGGUCACCAAAGAGCUUUUCCUGGGAAUAAUGCUGCGGGUCCUGCUGCGAGCACAUGUUCCUCUCCGGGACGAGCGCCAGCGCUUGGAGCUGACGAGCCUCCUCUCCGACCUAUUUGACCAGAUAUCACGUACAAAGAGAGAUGGAGCAGAGGCGUUCACGGGAUUAAGGUCGGGAAAGGAUGUGCUCGCGUGGGAGCAGUUUACCACCUUUUGGGUUGAGGCAGCGACGAUCAACACUCAUUCACAGGCCGUGCGGUGCUGGGCCGACGAGACGCUGCAGUGGGAGGUGGACUCGAACUUCGAGUUAGCCACCGUCACAACCGGAGGGCUCAACCCUCACGAGUCGUUCCUCACGGUGUUGGAUGUCGAGUGCAUCGACACCAAGGGCAUCGUCGUCAUCUCAUCAACGGACCAUGCCAUAUCGGUGUGGCACUACAACCAUGGAAGCGAGAACGCAAUCUGGCGCUGCAGUUUGCACAGUCGAUCCGCGCAAAUCUUGGUCACCUGGGUUCCUCACGAACGAGGGUUUCUGGUAUCCGCUGGGGUCAACCACGAGGUGACGGCGUGGUGCGUAGACAAGCAGCUGCGGCUGGCCGUCAUGCAGGGCCACCGUGCCAGAGUCACGGGCGUGACGUACAUCCCUCAGCAUGGACAGUUCGCCACGUGCGCCUUCGACAAGACGGUUCGACUUUGGGACGCGGACCACUUCUCUCCUGUCGCCGAGGUAGAAGGAUAG